AUGGCAUCCUAUGAAAUCCGAAAGGUUUGGGCAGAUGGGUGCUUUGACAUGUUUCAUUAUGGGCAUGCAAACGCUUUAAGACAAUCCAAAGGAUUAGGAGAUUAUCUGAUAGCAGGAGUCCAUUCAUCGCUUAGCAUAAACCAAGAAAAGGGAUUGCCUGUGAUGGAGGACGACGAGAGAUAUGAAGUUGUUCAAGGGUGUAGGUAUGUAGAUGAGAUUGUGAGGGAUGCACCGUUUGUCACACAGAUGGACAUGAUUAGGGAAUAUGGGGUGAGUGUAGUAGCUCAUGGAAACGACAUUAUACUUGAUUCAAAUGGGCAGGACUCGUAUUUCCAAGUUAGAAAGACAGGGAUGUUUAAAGAGGUUGAAAGGACCAUUGGGAUUUCAACAACAGAAACGGUUGGAAGAAUGAUGCUAAAAAACAGAGGUUCGUGUCCAGAUGGAGAGCAUGGAGAGUACAACAAGAACUCACGCUACCAUGAUGAGUUGUUUGACCUAUUUAAGAGUUCAAUGAAGAGAGAGAAGAAAGGAAAGGUUGCGUUUGUGGAUGGAAACUUUGAUUUGUUCCAUGCAGGACAUGUUGUGUCCUUAAGGAUAGCAAGAGAAAUGGGAGAUUACCUAAUUGUAGGGAUACAUGAUGAUGAAACUACAAAGGAAUAUACUAGAAAUUAUCCUGUGCUGAGCACUAAGGAAAGAAUACUUACACUGAUGUCAUGUAGGUAUGUUGAUGAAGUUGUAGUUUCACCCUAUCUAAUUGGAAAUGAAUUCAUUGAGAAGCAUGGAAUUAGUAUUGUAGGGCCUUCCUUUGAUACAAAGGAUUUAUCAAGAUAUGAUAAGAUCAAAGAGAUGGUGAAGCAUAGUUAUGCUGAAAACAAGUUCAACUAUCUUUCUGCGGAGCACAUAGUCAAUAGAAUAAUAUCAAACUAUCAGGACUAUGCAAAUAGGCAGAAGAAGAGGAAUUAA